AUGUCGGUAUUUUCGUCCAUCAGGAAGGCGCGAUCGCACGCGAAGGAGCACAAGAAAAUCCAGACAGAGCAAGAGCAGAAGGAGAAGGAGUCUCAUGUUCCAUACAGACACGUCCCUACCCACGCUGCUAGCGAUGCCCUCACCAAUGCCCCGCCCAGCUGGAGGGUCGACGACAGAGGGAAGAUCGUCGAGCAGAAUCGACGAAGAAGCGCCAUGGCCGCCAGCGGCAUGAACAUGAGGAUGCCCGGGCCGCCGCCUCGUAUCGCCAGCAGCCUUUCUCAUGUGUCUUUCCCGGCAGCCAACGCGAAUCCAGUUGGCAAUUUGCCUAGAACUUACAGCUAUACCGGCGUUCCCCCGGCGCCUGGUUGGGGAGACUACGGCUCGGACGCCGUCUACUCGUCCUCGCUGAAAGGGAAAGAUGUGGAGAGGCCGACCAGAUUCGACUUCGGCCGUACCAGCUCUCUGUCGGGCAAAGCACCGACUCGGCCCGCCCACCGCCUGCAUCCCAGAUCACGGAGAACAUCCGACGCCUCUGACCGUGGCGACCCCGCCGCAGCUCGGGCGGCCAUAACGACCGCGCACGACCGGAGACCGCCUCCAUCCAUGAUCACACGGGGUUUCAAUGCGAUGCCAACCGGUGCAACCCGGUCCAUACAAUUACCCGGGACACUUCCCCGCGCCGAGGCGACUUCCAUCUCGUCGGCCGCCACGUCGCCCACAUCGAGCCUGCAGAGCAACGCUCCAAAUCAUCAGCCAACGUUCGCGUCAUUCGACUUUGGUUCCGCCCCGUCUUCGGUCACAUCAUCUGCCCCUACGUCGGCGCCCAUCUCAUCCAGGUCGUCCACGUUCAGCUCAGCCCCCACGACGCCAGCCGCCAUUGUAAUCACCGAGGAACCGAUCUGGGAGUCUCCGCCCCUACCCUCUCCGACUUCCGAUCAGAAAGAAAAUAUCUCCCAGAAGCAGCAGGAGCAAGAGCAGCAGUCACCUUUGUCGGCGAAACAGAAGGACCAUCGGGCCCCCAAGGUCAAGGUCACCCGGUUUACGGAGCUUGAGACAAUCGACUCCAACAUGGAGCACACCCCACACGUGGGCUCGUCACUGGACGUGACAGCUAGCCCUGCUUCGACGGUCCUUAGCGAAUCUGCCCCAGCCAAGCAUGAAACCCUCAAGGUGGCGUCGUCAGAGCCAUUGCCAACGAAGGUUGCAAAGCGACUGUCAAAGCAUAAACCCGGCGGGGGGAAGCUUCAAAAGAAGACGCGCCAACCCCUGAUGGGUUCAGCCGUUGCCGUGUCACGAAGAUGA